AUGGAGAAACUGAUGGAGGAUGGACCGUGGAUGAUUAGGAAUGUCCCGAUUAUUUUGAAUGAGUGGUCACCUUCGGUUAACAUUGUUAAAGAAGAUAUAACGGCUAUUCCUGUGUGGGUAAAGAUGCAUGAUGUGCCAUUGGCGGCGUUUACUGAGGAUGGUUUGAGUUUAUUAGCGUCUAAAAUAGGUGAUCCAAAAAUGUUAGAUUCGUACACGGCUUCUAUGUGUGCCGAAUCGUGGGGUGGAAGUAGUUUUGCUAGAGCUCUUGUCGAGGUGCAUGCUGGAUCCGAAUUAAAAAGAGCUGUGAAAGUGGCGGUCCCAAGUUUGGUUGGUAAUGGGUAUUCGAUGGUAGAGGUGAAAGUUGAAUAUGACUGGGAGCCAUUUAGGUGUGCUACGUGUUGUGUUUUUGGUCAUGAAAGUAAUCUAUGUCCGAAGAAUCCGAAGACGGUAGAGGAGGAUGGGGUCAAAAGUGAAGCUGAUGGUUUUAGGGAGUUUAAGUGUAAGAACAAAAAAGGUGGCCAGCAAGGGUUUCAGGUUAAUAAUAAGAAGCCGAAGAUGGUUUAUAGGCCGAUAACUAAAGCCAAAACCCAAGCGGAUAAAGCCUCUUCGUCUACUAGCCAGGUCAAGGUGUCGAACUCGUUUGAUGCGCUGCUAGAUGAGGAACUGGUGAAUAGAAUGGCCGAGUCUAAUGCGAGUCCGGUGCAACAAGGGAAGCAUAUUAAUAAGGGAAGAAACAGUUCUAAGGACCAGGUUAUUAUAGAUGAUAUAGGAGUUGAUGACCUGUUAGAUGAUAUUCUGAAGUUCAUGGAUAGGAAGAUGGAUGGUAAUAAAUCUGAGGGUGCAAGCACACCCGGUACCGGGGUUUCUAAUGGGUAG